CAAUAUCGGUAGUACACACUUCAAAAGAUCAGCCGGCGUCUCCUAUUUAGGUUCGGUUUGUCCCCCAUAUUUGUUUUCCGACGAUCGCCUUCGAGGUAGCCGAUUUUUUGCACGAGAGGUGAUGGGGAGGGACUCGAAAUCCAAGGAUUCGGGAGGGAAGGGCAAGGGAAAGCAGGCCGCUGCAUCUGAUGAGAAUGCCUCUAAGGGUAAAGCCAAGGGUGGAAAGUCAAGUGAUGGGCUCGGUACCUGCACUUAUGUCAAAGCACGGCACAUAUUAUGUGAAAAGCAAGGCAAGAUUAACGAAGCAUACAAGAAGCUCCAAGAUGGUUGGUUAAGCAAUGGAGACAAGGUUCCCCCUGCUGAAUUUGCAAAGGUGGCCACAGAGUAUUCCGAGUGUCCAUCAGGAAAGAAAGGUGGAGACCUUGGAUGGUUUCCUAGGGGUAAAAUGGCUGGUCCUUUUCAAGAUGUGGCAUUUAAUACACUUGUUGGAGCUACCAGUGCACCGUUUAAAUCAACGCAUGGGUAUCACAUCAUUCUGUGUGAAGGGAGGAAGAAUUGAUCCUUGGAUGGCUUUUGUCUACAGACACUUCUUCGGAUAUGGAGGGAACUAGUAGUAUGCCCAUGAUCUUUUCCUAAAAGUUCAUAAACUCAUUUGAGGAUGAGAUGAAACUCGAUACUGCAUAAACUUUGGAGAUAUGUAAAUUAUGAGUAAACAUCAAGUUUAGUUUACUGUUAAUUGCA